GUCGUCGUCGCUGGCUCCUUUGCCGCUCGGUGAAUAAAUAGGGGACCUCAGCCCACUCUUUUCUCAGAAAUAAAGAUCUGUGGGUUUCCCUCGUUCGAGCGAUCCAAAGCCGAGAGCUACCGAGCCUUCAUUAAUGGCGACUAAGAUUUACAUAGUGUACUACUCCAUGUAUGGACAUGUUGAGAAGCUAGCAGAAGAGAUUAAAAAGGGUGCUUCAACUGUUGAAGGAGUAGAAGCUGAGAUGUGGCAGGUUCCUGAGACACUCCCAGAUGAGGUGCUUGGAAAGAUGGGUGCACCCCCUAAAAGUGAUGUGCCUACAAUCACACCAAACGAGCUUGCUGAGGCUGAUGGGAUUAUCUUUGGAUUCCCAACAAGAUUUGGUAUGAUGGCAGCACAAUUUAAAGCUUUUCUUGAUGCGACUGGAGGGCUCUGGAGAGCCCAGCAGCUUGCAGGGAAGCCUGCAGGAAUCUUCUAUAGCACUGGAUCCCAAGGCGGCGGUCAAGAGACCACUCCUUUGACAGCCAUAACCCAGCUUGUUCACCACGGAAUGAUCUUUGUGCCGAUUGGGUACACCUUCGGUGCUGGGAUGUUUGAGAUGGAGAAGGUGAAAGGUGGAAGCCCAUAUGGAGCAGGCACAUUUGCCGGGGAUGGUUCCAGAUUCCCAUCCGAGCUCGAACUGGAGCAAGCUUUCCACCAGGGGAAGUACUUCGCUGGCAUUGCCAAGAAGUUCAAAAGUUCCUCUUGAUUUGUGCCUUUAUUGCAGGAUAAUCAUUGGGUCACGGAAUUAUGUAGUGGUUUUGUUGAUUGUUAUAGCCUGUUGUUUGUUCCUGGGUAAAUUGGCUUUUCAUAAAUAAAAUAUCUGAUUGGCAUGAGGUGGUGUCUUUACUUGGUAACUUGAAGGUUUAUUAAUUGCUGUCCCAAGCAUUGCCUCAAGGUUCUUGGGGAUGAAGAAACUUUAUGAUAUUGAAUUUAGAUUGUAUGGCUGUGAAUGUUUAUUCCAGUUGAA